AUGGCCGAACUUCCACCUGUUCCCGGGGCGAUUGGCGUCUUCCAGAAUUUCAUCGCCAAGACGACCGAGACAUUGAUCCUCAAAGAAAAGGUAUUGUCUUUAUCCGGAGACAGUUUUGACAUUACCAAUACGCAAGGAAACGCAUUCAUGAAGAUCAAAGGACGCCACAUGACCAUCUCAGGUCGCAAAUCUGUGUACGACAUGCAUAACAAUCACCUGUACGACAUUGUGAAGGAGCACUUUCACCUUCAUUCGACUUAUGUUGCGGAAGAUCCUAACGGGAAGAAAUUUCUUUCAGUUAAGAGUUCCAUCAAGUUAAUUGGCUCCAAAGCCACAGCCGAAUUCACUUCCUUCAGCGGACAGCCGGAGACACUUACCAUGACGGGGAAUUGGUUAGAUACAAGCGCCAAUAUUGUUUGUGAGCGAACUGGCGCUACCGUUGCUAGAAUUGAUCGCAAGCUUCUCAAAGCUCGAGAAAUCUUCACCAGCAACCAGACUUAUGCAUUGGUAGUUGCUCCUGGAGUUGAUAUGGCACUGAUGGUAGCGCUGUGUAUUGCACUUGACGAGAAGAAUAACGAAGGGGGUAACUAA